ACAAACUCGACCUGCCGGAAGGUGCUGGGAAGGGUCGCAGUUGCCAAGGAAGACGGUGGUGAGGUGUACUUCCGCCAGUAGCCAAGAUGGCGGCUCCCAUGUUGCAAGGUUUGGCAGAAGUGCUGGGAGCCUCAGAACCUGCUCUACGAUUAAUCAUUUCGAUUUUAAUUGGUUAUCCCCUUGCCUUGAUAUUUCGGUACUGCCUUUUCCAGAAGGACCCCUUUGUGAUUCACCUGUUCCACAUCGUGACAGGACUAUGUAUGGCCUACUUCAACUUCGGGGUCCAGCUCUAUCACUCACUGCUCUGCGUUGUGAUCCAGUUCCUGUCGCUGAGGCUCAUGGGAAGGACUAUCACCACCGUGUGCUCCAGUUUCAUCUUUCAGAUGGCGUACCUUCUCCUCGGGUACUGCUACACAGCGACAGAGCACUACGAUAUCAAGUGGACCAUGCCGCACUGCGUCCUCACACUGAAGCUCAUCGGGUUAGCCUUUGACUACUAUGAUGGAGGAAAAGAUCCAGAGCAGCUCAGUGCAGAGCAGCGUCAGUCCAUCCUCCCUCAGGUCCCCUCCUUCGUUGAGGUCUGUGGGUUCUCAUAUUUCUAUGGCGGGUUUCUGGUAGGACCCCAAUUCACGAUGCGCAGCUACCAGAGGCUGGUGGCUGGGGAGCUGACAGACUGCCCAGGCCAGACUCCAAACAGUAUACUCCCGGCGGUGAAGCGGGUCUGCUUGGGUCUGCUGUGCCUGUCAAUCUACACCCUGGGCAGCCCCUUCUUCCCCGACAGCUACUUCCUGUCAGACGACUUCGAGGUCCAGGCGUUUUGGUAUCGCUGCUUCUACAUUCUGGUCUGGGGGAAAGUGACGCUGUACAAAUACGUGAGCUGCUGGGUUAUAACGGAGGGUGUGUGCAUCCUGUCUGGGCUGGGCUACAAUGGGCGAGACUCUCGGGGUGUUGUCCAAUGGGAUGCCUGCGCUAACAUGAAGGUGUGGCAGUUUGAGACCACGCCCCUUUUCACUGGAACCAUUGCCUCCUUCAACAUCAACACCAAUGCCUGGGUCGCCAGGCACGUAUUCAAGCGUCUCAAGUUCCUGGGUAAUAAGAUGGCGUCUCAGAGUGCGGCGCUCUUCUUCCUGGCGAUCUGGCACGGCCUGCACUCCGGCUACCUGCUCUGCUUCCUGAUGGAGUUCAUCAUUGUGACCGCGGAGAGACAGGCCAUGUCUCUGGUCAGGGACAGCCCGGUUCUGACCCAGAUCAGCCAGAGCCCGGUCCUGUGGCUCCCCCUGUACCUGCUGCAGCAGCUCAUUCACUGGCUGUUCAUGGGAUACCCACUCAUACCAUUCUGCCUCUUCACCUGGGACAAGUGGUUCAAGGUGUACUCCUCGGUGUAUUUCUGCGGUCAUGUGUUCUUUUUCACUGCCAUGCUGAUCAUGCCUUACCUGCGCAGGGCACUAGUGCCCAGGAAGAAAGAGAAGGAGAAAAAGGAGGAGUGAAGAGAGGACAGGCGGAUUUAACCCUUUCUCCGCUCGAGUGCCGGCACUGCGCAGAAGAAAUGUCUGAAGACGCUGCAAACCUGCUCCAAGUUCAAACUUAUUUAGUUUUUUUUUAGUUUUUUCCAAACGCAGCUAGAAAAUGAGAAAGACGGACAGAUUUUUCUCCAACAAUCAAAUAACUGCCUUUUUUAUUGAAACGACUCCAAGCUGCUUCAGCGACUCUGCUGGGGAGGGUUUUCAACGACUUUCAUAAGAGGACGUUUCUCACACGCAAAAAAAAUGCCUUUUUAAAAUAGCACCACAGAUCAGAUGCAAUUGGAAAGGCAGCAGCUUGUUUAACUAAAUAUUGGUGUACAGUAUCCUCCCUCUCUCUCUCUCUCUCCUCAGUUUUCUUUCCUUGUUCAUUUUGUUUUGGUUUUAAUUAAAAAAAAAAAAAAGUAAAGUAAAAUAGAAAGAUUAAUUUGUUAUUGUUUUGUUUUUAGAGGGAAAACAUGUUUUAUUUAAUUGUUUAUUUAAUUUUUUUAAUGUGUUUUUUGUUGUGUGUCGUUACUAACAGUGAAGAUGCGAUAUUUUUUUUUUUUUUUUUUUUCAUGGAGGGAGAGAGGGAAGGAGGGCAGUGUGACUCAAGUCUGCCCUUGGCCCUGCUUUGCAAACUUGAAAAAAUUAAUUUCUGGAAAAUAUUGUAAUGUUUUGCAGGGCCAAAGAACCAAGGCCUAUUGAUGCUUAUUGAUAAACAUAUUUAAAACAUAGGGAGGGAGGGACAGAGAUGCUAUAGUCUUUCUUUAUAUUUGUAACUUCUUCAAAAGUGCAAACAAAUUAAAAACUAUUUAUUUGUACUUGCCCCUCUCCCCCAAACUCUACAUACUGCAGAAUACCACCCCUCUGCUACGCACACACACACACACACAUAUAUGAGAGAGAUCACCGUUUGUUCAGUUCUGCUGACACAGCACUUAGUGAGCGUUUCACAAUCUGUCUGUCUGUCACAUGUCUAUACGCUGGCUGUAGAUCACGGUGACCUUAGUGAUGGGGGGGACAAUGUUAAACUAUUUUGGUUUUUGCAUUUUUAAAGUUACAAAAAACGCUUUCUCUCUCUCUCUCUCUCUCUCUCUCUCACUCUCUGCAAAGAUCACUUCAAUAGUCUGUUUUUAAAUACUUUUUUGAAAUGGUUGUGGCUGACAGAUGAGCUCCCUGAAUCUCUGCAGUGCUGCACUUCCUCCCACUCCCUAGUGGGGCUCACAGGAUUAUGUGCAGUUUUGAAAGAAGCAAACCUGUAUCUUAAUUUUAAAACCUCUGCUAUCACACCUCAGGGUAAGAAAAGUAAUCAGGCUGUAGCCUAACUGCAGGUACUGUUAUACCUGCUCUUCCUAGGUAAUUUUACACCUGCCUCUGCCCUGCCAGCAGCUUCCCGUCGUCGUGUCUCUGCCCUGCCAGCAGCUUCCCCUCGUCAUGUCUCUGCCAGCAGCUUCCCCUCGUCGUGUCUCUGCCCUGCCAGCAGCUUCCCCUCGUCGUGUCUCUGCCAGCAGCUUCCCCUUGUCAUGUCUCUGCCAGCAGCUUCCCCUCGUCGUGUCUCUGCCCUGCCAGCAGCUUCCCCUUGUCGUGUCUCUGCCAGCAGCUUCCCCUCGUCGUGUCUCUGCCAGCAGCUUCCCCUCGUCGUGUCUCUGCCAGCAGCUUCCCCUCGUCGUGUCUCUGCCAGCAGCUUCCCCUCGUCGUGUCUCUGCCAGCAGCUUCCCCUCGUCGUGUCUCUGCCAGCAGCUUCCCCUCGUCGUGUCUCUGCCAGCAGCUUCCCCUCGUCGUGUCUCUGCCAGCAGCUUCCCCUCGUCUUGUCUCUGCCAGCAGCUUCUCCUCGUCGUGUCUCUGCCAGCAGCUUCCCCUCGUCGUGUCUCUGCCAGCAGCUUCCCCUCGUCGUGUCUCUGCCAGCAGCUUCCCCUCGUCAUGUCUCUGCCCAUGUCACUUGCCUGCAGUGUCAGGGAGCUGUUUCAGCAGCCACAAACACCGGCUCUCCAGCGCUAUUGCCACCAUUCCCUACUGUCUUUACAUCAUUAGAUAAAGUGAACUGAAGAAAAUGAAUAAUUCUUAAUAACAAUAACAUUAAUUCUAUUUUGCCUUAGUACCAAAAUGAAAAUAAAAACAUGUGUUUUUAUAAUAAAUUACUUGAUUAAUAUA